AUGCCACAGCUUCCUCAGGAUAUAUUGAUGGAUAUAUUUGCCACCCUUGAGAUCCCUGACCUGGUGAGGGUGGGCUCUGUCUGCUCGUCCUGGCGCUCUGCCUACACCGCCCUGCGUGACCAUGGGCAGUACAAGCGCUCCCAGACGCCGUGCCUGCUCUACACCUCUGAAUCCGCUGGCAAGAACACCGUGUGUCUGUACAGCCUUGGGGAGAAGAGGAGCUACAAGGUAACUCUCCCGGAGCCACCCAUCCGCAGCAGGUUUCUUGUCGGAUCAUCGCAUGGUUGGCUGGUUACCGUUGACGACAGAUCAGAGAUGCACAUCGUCAACCCCAUCACCGGUGAACAGAUCGCUCUCCCUUCCGUGACCACCAUCGAGCAUGUGAAACCCAUCGUCGAUGAGUCUGGACUUGUUCAAGGGUAUGAGCUCUCACGACACACUGCAAGGAGGGUGUAUUACCGACUUUCGGAUCCGGAAACCCUUGCUCUUGCCGAGUUGCGGGAAUAUCUCCAGUAUAAAGCUUUUGUGUUCCCUGAUGAGAAAUCCAAAGGGAGCUAUAUCGUUGCGCUCAUCCAUAAUCCGAUGAAUCAGCUCUCAUUUUCAAGGGCGGGAGAUGACAAGUGGAUUUGGCUUCCACCAUACACUGACUACGAGGAUUGUAGUUACAGUGAUGGCUUGCUGUAUGCUAUCACUCUAAGGGGAGCAAUCCAUGCCUUUGAUAUCAAUGGCCCUGUGAUCAUGAGGAAAAUAAUUAUGGGAAUGACGUUGGAUCGUCUCACUGACUGCACAUACAUCGUUCACGCUCCGUGGGGUGAUCUGCUGAAUGUUCAGAGAAUAGUUGAUGAGGAGGAUGCAAAUGUUGGCUCCUCAGAGCAUGUGCUGAUGAGUACUACUGAAAUUAAAAUAAAUAAGGUUGACACUAGAGCAAAAAAACUUGAGGAAUUUAAAUGCCUGGAUGAUCAUGUGUUGUUUCUUGGGCAUAACCAAUCUCUUAUCCUCAGCGCCAAAGACCAUCCUCAUCUAAAGGCAAACCAUGCCUACUGUACGGACAAUAGUUACUUGUAUAUUCAUGGAUUCAAGAAUAAUCGUCGUGACAUAGGGAUAUUCAACUUGGAGAGCAACAGCUGGGAUGAACUUGUGACUCAGCCUAGGUCCAACUGGCCUCCUCCCAUGUGGAUUACACUCAAUCUUGCAAAGAUGAAUUGA